AUGUACAUUGACCCUAGCAAAACAAUAAUGGCACCAUAUAGCCAAGCUAAUGAAUUGGUAUUUGGACAGAAUUCAGGACAUCAGUGUGUUACAAUGAGUUUAUGCUCUUUGAUUUACAAUAACAAACAGGGAAUCAAUUCUGCUCAUGAUCUUGUGUCAAUAAUGAAUACUGGAAAUCAGUUGUAUUCAAGUUUGUCUCGGUUAACCAGGCAAUCAUUUUUAAUGCAGACAGAAUUACCCACACUUUUAAAUGUGUUCGAGACUGACUAUGAACUUCAAUACAGUGAGAGAUACACUGGUACUAUUCAUCAAGAAGCUACAAUAGAAGGAUAUCAGUACUGUACCUCCUUAGAUAGAGCCUUUCAAUCACUUAUAUCUGAAAAUUUCAACAAUUUUGUCUUGACAAUAGGAUGUACUGCAGUUGCUAUCUAUUGUCAAGGUAAUGUGGGCUUGAAUAUUCGAUUCUUGUGCAAGGGAUAUUUAUGGUAG